AUGUCUACACAAUGCACCCGGCUCUUCGCCAGAAACAUCCCUCAAGUAAGACGGGGACGCCAAUUACAAAGUCCUCGUGUCACACUUGUUGGCGCUCCAACCCCAAGUCAAAAUCCUACCAUUGACUCCGACCGUUUACCAUAUCGACUCUACGAACUUUCACUCAAGAAGAUCCGACAAGAGGCCCACGCCCGUGAGCCCGAUUUACGCCAUGUCAUCGCGGGCCUCGCAAUGCAAAAAGUAGUUUCCACCGCCGUGCAUGAUGAUCUUCUACACCGAGUCGACAUGAUCGAGACUGCAAAACCACCUCAAAGAUUACCCAUUUUACCAGGCGCCGAUGAGCCCUGGGAGCAUGAAGAAAUCACCUGUCAAACAUCAAAUCCGAAUACCUGGGAUAUUGAAUCUCUCGAUCAAGCGCUUUCUGAGAUGGAACGCGCGAACAGGAAAGGCAAUGUUGCGAAAAUUGUUUGUUUUCAGUUAAUUAGCGAGAUGUAA